GUUGCAUACUUUUACACACCACCGGAUAGAACAAGCUCUUGUCACGUGACCCUUCCGAGAUUUCAGUGGAUCCGUAAUCCGAGGAUCGUUUUUCGAAAACGUGGAACCACCUCUACCAAGGAUAUUCAAUUUCUGCUGUCAGACACCAUGAAAAUUCUCAUGCUUUUGUUCGGAUUCAUGGCGGUGGCCUGCGCCCAAGUCAAUAGAUACCCGUACAAUCCUGAUUAUUAUGGCAGACGUUUCGCCAUAUUGCGACAAUCGCAAGACUCUUCUCCGGAUGGAUCGUACUCCUACAGUUACGACACGGAAAAUGGGAUAUCCGUGGCGGAGCAAGGAGUGCCGAAGUUUGCUGCACCAAAUCAGAUCGAAUCCGUGAGGGGACAAUUUAGUUACACUGCACCGGACGGUACACCGAUUUUGGUGACUUACACCGCCGACGAAAAUGGCUUCCAAGCGAACGGGGCCCAUCUACCGACGCCACCGCCAAUACCAGUAGCGAUACAGCGUGCCUUGGCCCAUAAUGCAGCCCAUCCCGAGGAGGAAGAACCCUACAGAAGAUACUAACAGACGUCGUUUGUGUCUCGAUUAUGCUUACACCGAGACAGACUUAGACAGUACAACAUAGACGAACGAAACAAUUUUUUAAACGGGAACAUGAUGUUUUAAAUAAUAAUCUUCGAAAUAGUAUGUCGAGUAACCCGUUGUUUCGUAAAAUGACUUUUGUACUUAGUUGCAAGAAGAAAAGAAUAAUAAGGGACCGGAAACAGACAUGGUGUACUUUUAAUACAAAUAAAUUUCUAUUGUUCGUUUGUUUUUUUAACGUGUCGAGUAUAGAAGUGAUUUUAUGUAUUCAGAAAAUGUUGAAAUUAAAUUAAUAUCAAGAAAUACUUCGUUAUUGUUGUAAUGAAUAUUUAGGGAAUUUUUAAAACGAUGCAGCGAAACUAUAGUUUGCGCUUUGAAUGAUGGCCAAACUGUGUAACGAACGGUAGAUAAAACAGUCUUCGGAUUGAUACAAAGAAAUCGAUAGUUAAAUUAAUUUUUUCUAUGUUGUACUGUCAGUUAAUUUAUUAACCAAUGACUGGACCAAUCUCGAAAUCCUGCCAGAAAGACUAGCGCUUUGCUUCACUGAUUCUAACGCGAAGCCUCUACUUUAUCGACCGUGCUAGAUUUAUGUUAUGUGUUCUUGAAUCAUCUUCUAAUCAAUUAGUACGUUUACUUUCCCCAUAACUAUGGAAAGCAAAGUUGAUACUUCUAUUUACUUUAAAAUUAAAGACAAACGCAUAGAAAGAUAAGACGAGAGUGGGGAUACGAAGAAAAUAAGAUGUUUGGUUUAGGUACACAGAUACGAGAAUGUUUCUGUGUUACAGUACGUUAUAUUAUGCCUAUGUUACUAAAAUGUAUAAUAUGUGUGUAUAAAUAUAUAUUCAUACGAAUAUCAUAACAAAAAUGCUGUAUUUUUAGUUUAUAAAAUAACAAUUUAU